UUUGAUAGAACCUAAGAACUAAAAAUAUUCUUUUAAGUUCUUUUUUUGAGUUAAGAAAUUGUCCUUUGUGACAUUCGCGGGGGUGUUAAUUUCAAGAAGGGGUUAUUUUUAGCUAAAAUAUUAAUUGAUUUAGAAUGGCCUCCAGAUUUUUCAAAAACCUCGUUGCUUCUAAACCACUUGGAACAAGGCUUUAUAGCGGCGAAGCAAAAAAAUGUACUUUAAUUCCUGGUGAUGGCAUUGGCCCCGAAAUUUCAGCUGCUGUUCAAAAGAUUUUUGCUGCUGCCAAUGUUCCCAUCGAAUGGGAAUCAGUGGACGUCACCCCAGUCAGAGGGCCCGACGGGAAAUUUGGAAUUCCCCAAGCCGCAAUUGACUCAGUUAAUAGGAACAAAAUUGGUUUAAAAGGACCCCUUAUGACACCUGUUGGUAAAGGGCAUAGAUCUCUCAAUUUAGCUCUAAGAAAGGAAUUUAAUUUAUAUGCUAAUGUAAGACCUUGCCGAAGUUUAGAAGGUUACAAAACAUUGUAUGAUGAUGUUGACGUGGUCACAAUAAGAGAAAACACAGAAGGUGAAUACUCAGGUAUUGAACAUGAAAUUGUCGAUGGUGUUGUACAAAGUAUUAAGUUGAUUACCGAAGAAGCAUCUAUGCGAGUCGCCGAAUUUGCUUUCCAAUAUGCCAUAGAAAAUAAAAGGAAGAAAGUUACAGCUGUACACAAGGCUAACAUUAUGCGUAUGUCUGAUGGUCUCUUUUUGCGGUGCUGUCGUGAAAUGGCCAAAAAAUACCCUGAUGUCAAGUUUGAGGAGAAAUACUUGGAUACCGUGUGCUUAAAUAUGGUGCAAGAUCCAUCCUUGUAUGAUGUUUUAGUAAUGCCAAAUUUGUACGGUGAUAUUUUGUCUGAUAUGUGUGCUGGAUUAGUGGGUGGAUUAGGUUUAACUCCCUCUGGAAAUAUUGGCCUUAAUGGAGCAUUGUUUGAAUCAGUCCAUGGUACAGCACCUGACAUUGCAGGACAAGAUAAGGCAAACCCAACUGCUCUCCUAUUAUCAGCAGUCAUGAUGCUGAGACACAUGCAAUUGAACAGUUAUGCCGAUGUUAUAGAAAGAUCGUGUUUUGAAACAAUUAAAGAAGCAAAAUAUUUAACAGGUGACUUGGGUGGCAAGGCUAAGUGUUCUGAAUUUACGAAUGAAAUUUGUGACAAAAUCUCAAGAACUUCAUAAUUUCAGCUAAGAUAGGAACAAAAGAUAAAUUUUGAUUAUCGAUUAAAAAAAUUAGCAAAUGAAAAUAGUUAAUAUUCUUUGGCGGUUUUUUUAAACUUUAUUUUUUUAAUUAAGUAUUUUCUAUUCUGGUCAUUUUACAUAAGUAUCAUGUGAGAUAACAAUAAAUAAGGGACAGAACGUUGUCAGUAUAAAAAUCAUAAGUUUACAAACUGUCAAAGAAUAUAAAUAAUAUUUGAAAAGCCAAAAAUUGAAUUAGAAAUAUUUUAUUUAUUUUUUAUCGCCAAGUGUAAACCAUAGAUAUACUCUCUCAUACAUCUCUAGUGACAGUUAUCCUUAAUACCUAAAACAAAAUGUAUAUUUUUAUCUCUUAUUUAUUCAAAAUAUUUCUCAAAAAUUGUUUAUUAUAAUUCAUAUUUAUUUUAGACAAUUUACAAAUUAAUGCUUUUUAAUGUUUGAUCGAUAUAUUUGUUAAGCAAACAUAUACAUAUUUAAAUUAAUGUAAAUAUUUAUUUCUUAGUAACUCAGACAAGAAUUCACUGGAACAACAUUUGUGUCAUAAUCCAAAUUUUUUUCAGUAUUGUAACAAAUGCUCAUCGAAUUAUUUGGAUUUUUUUUGUUGUGAUUUAUUUCUGUGUUGUUUUUAUGUUAAAACUUAAUUUAUGUUUGUAAUAAACAGGUUAUCUAAUCCUACAUAGA